AUGGCGCCCGUCAUGUGCUGCGGCUGCCCCGGCUGCAGCAGCGCCUCACAAAGGGAGCGGCGCGCCGAGUGGUAUGACAAGUACUUUGCGCAGGCCAUGCACACCACCAUGGGCACAUACGAGGCCGCCAUUGCGCCCGUCAAGGAGGAGCUCUUCCAGCGCCUGCUGGGGCCGGCGCCCGGCUGUGGCGGCAGCAGCGGUGGCAGCAGCGGUGGCAGCAGCGCCAGCGGCGACGGCGGCGGCAGCAGUGGUGGCAGCGGCGGCGGCCGGGGGCUCCGUCUGCUUGAGAUCGGCAUAGGCACAGGCCCAAACCUCUCAUACAUGGCGCGGGCCCUCGGCCCCGACGGCCUGCCAGCCCUGCACAUCACCGGCCUCGACCCCAACCCUCAAAUGCAGCCCUUCUGCCGCGAGUCGGCCGCGGCGGCGGGGCUGGGCCCGGGGCAGCUCGAGUUGGUCGAGGGCAGCGCAGAGGCGAUGCCGUUUGAGGACGGCGCAUUUGAUGCGGCAGUGAUCACUCUGGUGCUGUGCUCCGUCCCGUCGCCCGCCGCGGCGCUGUCUGAGGUUCGCCGCGUCGUCGCGCCCGGCGGGCGGCUGGCGCUGAUCGAGCACGUCGCGGCGCCACCGUCGAAGCCGCUGCUGGCGCUGGGGCAGCGCGUGUUCGACCCGCUGCAGGGCCUCGUGGCGGACGGGUGCCACCUCACGCGCGACACCGGGCGUGCGCUGCGCGAGGGCGGCUUCGACGCGUCUGGCGUGAGGAGCUUCGAGGUCCCGGGGCUGUCGAUCCUGGCGCCACACAUCGCCGGCAUCGUGCAGCUGUGA